GCAAAGAGCAGUACCAGUCCACGUCGUGGAAUUAUGUUCAAUCUCGAAGCAGUAAGAAUUCCACAGACCGAAAGCUAUAACCAUAACAUUUUGACAAGUUCGAAGCUGCAGUCACGACAGGACGUCGUAGCUACUUCAUAUCCGGAGUCUGAAACUCAAGGCCCGGUACCCUUGCCAUCCGAUCUCCUAAACAAACUCGCCACCUCGCACUCGACCAUCCAAUCAUUGCCGCACAGCAGCAUUCUGAGCGAGAUGCUUCCCGUUGACGGCAAGGAAGUGGUAGAGAACGACAGUGAUCAUGGAGAGAGAGCCGAGCAUGUUAGCGAGGAAGUAGAGGGUGUCGUGGGUGAUCAUCCUGCUAUUUGGUGUGGCUCUUCAAUGCGAGCGGGUCUGCGAAGGAAUGAAUGUAGAUGAUCACUGGUCUCAGUAAAACUAUGGAGGUGGAGGAGAUGAGUUGAGG